AUGCAUAUCCACAUACUCCUUUCUAGCCUAUGUUUCUUCGCCUCUAUCAGUUCCGCGGCCUAUACGUUGCAAGACGACUAUGGGGAUACCGACUCAUUCUUUGACAAAUUCGAUUUCUGGAGCCAGCCUGACCCAAGCGCCGGCUUCGUCAAGUAUCUAGACCAGCGAAGCGCCCGGUCUACUGGCUUGAUCUCUGCUGAUGGCGGCUCCGUCUAUAUCGGCGUUGACAACUCGUCGACCACUACGACGGGUCGCUCUAGCGUGCGUAUUUCGAGCAAAAAUCGGUACACUAAGAGCCUCUUCAUCCUAGACCUCGCGCAUAUGCCCGCCAGCACUUGCGGCUCAUGGCCUGCCUUUUGGCUCCUAGGCUCUGGCGUCGACCCCGUUAAUGGCGAGAUCGAUAUCAUCGAAGGCGUUGAUCGGUCGCAUACCAACUCAAUGACCCUACACGCCACGCGUGGGUGCACAAUAAAUAACUCUAGCUUCACUGGGAAGCUUACUACUAGCGAUUGCUACGACCAUGCAAAGGGGCAGGGCCUGGAUGACGGCUGCGGCAUCUCCAAUCCAGAUACACGGUCCUUCGGCACAGGGUUCAACGAGAUCGGAGGUGGUGUCUACGCCACGGUGUGGACUUCCGAGGGUAUCAGCAUCUGGUUCUUUGGCCGUGACACCGGUAUCCCCUCUGAUAUUACGAAGGGCACACCGGACCCGUCUACAUGGGGUCUUCCUGCCGGUCGGUUUGCCGGAGACUGCGACUUUGACGCACACUUCAAGAACAUGACGAUGAUCUUUAACAUUGACUUCUGCUCCGCCUGGGCUCGCGGGGUCUUUGAUAGAGACCCCGUGUGCUCUAAACUGGCAGAUAGUUGCCGAGACUACGUCGGCAAGAACCCAACGGCCUUUGGGCAGACUUACUGGGGCAUCAAUGGUCUCAAGGUCUACAAGAACAGCGCCGACCAGGAUAGCGAUGAUGCCAAUUGUGAUGCUAAAACAGUCUGCGACCACCAUCUGCACUCUCCCAAGCAACUCAACGCCCCACCGUCCGCCAUGCGCGCCAGGUCCCGCCGCAACCGGGUGAACUACUUCAAAUAG